AUGAGGCCAAUUAAGAGUAUGUCAUCAUCAACAUCAACCAAUGAGAUUAAGAUAUGGAAAUCUCCAAUUCCAUAUUUAUUUGGAGGAUUAGCAAUAAUGCUAAUUUUAAUUUCAGUGGCAUUGGUGAUCCUUGUAUGUUCCUACAAAAAAAGGAGUUCAUCUCAAUCAUCAAAUUCAGAUGAAGAAAUGAAUAAGGUAAUGUCCAAGAACAUUAUAGAGAUUAAUUCUGAGCCAGAAGUUCUUGUGAUUAUGGCUGGAGAAGAAAAACCAACUUACAUAGCCAAACCAAUAAUUUCUUCUUUACCUUAUUGUACUUGUGGAGCUGAAUCAAGUUCAUCAACAUCUUCAUCAAGCUUAACUAAUGAGCAAAUUAACAUUAACUAA